UUCGAAAAAAAACACCCAAUUGUUUUGUUUUUUCAUCUCUCUCCUUCGUAUCAUACUAUAUUAGUACUACGAGUACCCACCUCUCUCUUUCACCUAACCAUCUAUCUCUCUUCUCUAUACUCUCUAUCUCUUUCGCUUUCUAUCUCCUAGAAAAAUGUCAGUCAACCAUUACUCCACAGACCACCACCACACUCUCUUGUGGCAGCAACAGCAGCAGCAGCAACAACACCGCCAAACCACCGACACAUCGGAGGCAACUACCACCGCCACGUGGCUGAACGAUGACCUAAAGGAGUCACUCUUUGAGAAGUCUCUCACACCAAGCGACGUCGGGAAACUCAACCGCCUCGUCAUACCAAAACAGCACGCGGAGAAAUACUUCCCUCUCAAUGCCGUCGUCGUCUCCUCUGGUGCUUCUGACACUUCAUCAUCGUCGGAGAAAGGGAUGCUUCUAAGCUUCGAAGACGAGAUGGGUAAGUCAUGGAGGUUCAGGUACUCUUACUGGAACAGCAGUCAGAGCUACGUCUUGACUAAAGGAUGGAGCAGAUUCGUCAAAGACAAACAGCUCGAUCCAGGCGACGUCGUUUUCUUCCAACGACACCGUUCUGAUAUACGGAGACUCUUCAUUGGCUGGCGCAGACGUGGCCAAGGCUCCUCCUCCUCCUCCGCUCCAGCUACUAACUCCGCCAGUUCUAUGGCAGCUCCUUCUUAUCGUCAAGUCCACCACGCCUCUACUAAUUACUCUAAUCCUCCUUCUCACUCAGAGUAUUCCCACUACGGAGCCGCCGUAGGAACGGCAGCAGAGGAGACUCACUCCACACCUUCGUCUUCCGCCGUCGCCGGAGGGAGCUCAAGGACGUUGAGACUUUUUGGGGUGAAUUUGGAGUGUCAAAUGGAUGAGAACGACGGAGAUGAUUCCGUUGCAGCCGCCGCCGCAGUUGAAUCACCCGACGGUUACUACGGCCAAAACAUGUAUUACUAUUACUCUCAUCCUCAUAACAUGAAUAUAGCUUUCACGGGGGAACGAUGAAGAAGGAGCUGAGAGAGAUAGACAAAGACGAGGAUGAGAGAGAUCCAAAGAAGUGACAACAACAUUUUCGGAAUCGACUAAAAAGGUUUUUUUUUUUUUUUCUAUGGGACCAGACUUUGUAAGCCACACAGGCCAAAUUUUCUGGAAAAAAAAAAGUUGUAUGCAAAUUUUAAUAAAUAUCUCAAUUAGCUUC